CUUUUUUUUUUUUUUGGGUUUCACGAAAACGAACGAAUCAGUGUCGGCUCUUGGGUUCUGAAAACAGUGGAAAACAAAAAAACAUUGUACGUUGGAUCCAAAACGCGCGUUUUUACAAACGCUAGACUACUCCCAGAUUCUUUUCCUUUCCGCCAUUGCUCGGAUAUCGCGUCUUCGAGCAAUGUGCUGAAACUGAGUCACUGUUCCGAGUUAUAAGCUUAACAACUAAGCGCAAGUUUGGGUUUUUGUUGGAAACCGCGUUUCCAAAAUGUUCAAGCAAUGGUUGAUUCUUUUGGUCUGUUCGUUAGUAAUGUUGAAGACAGAAGGACUCUUUGUUAAUAUCACAUAUGUUCGAAACGCAGUCGCCAAAGGGGCUGUAUGUUUGGAUGGAAGUCCACCAGCUUAUCAUUUACACAGAGGUUCUGGAACUGGAGUUAAUAGCUGGUUGAUUCAGCUUGAGGGAGGAGGAUGGUGCAAUAAUGUCACAAAUUGUCUCAGUCGGAUGCAUACUCGAUUAGGUUCAUCGAAGAAGAUGGUAGAGAACCUUGCUUUCUCAGCUAUUCUUAGCAAUAAAAGACAAUAUAAUCCUGAUUUUUACAAUUGGAAUAGAGUGAAAGUUAGAUACUGCGACGGGUCAUCAUUCACAGGAGAUGUGGAAGCAGUGAACCCUGCUACUAAUCUUCACUUCAGAGGUGCUAGAAUUUGGCUAGCUGUUAUGCAAGAGCUCCUCGCUAAAGGCAUGAGAAACGCAGAGAAUGCUGUUUUGUCCGGGUGUUCUGCUGGUGGGUUAGCUUCAUUGAUGCAUUGUGACAGUUUCCGUGCUCUAUUACCGAUGGGUACCAGAGUAAAAUGUCUUUCAGAUGCUGGUUUCUUUCUAAAUACAAGAGAUGUCUCAGGAGUUCAAUACAUUAAACAAUACUUCAAAGAUGUGGUUACUCUUCAUGGAUCAGCAAAGAACUUGCCGAGGUCAUGCACAUCAAGAUUGACCCCUGCAAUGUGUUUCUUCCCGCAAUAUGUGGCUCGUGAGAUUAGAACUCCUCUUUUCAUUCUUAAUGCAGCAUACGACUCUUGGCAGAUAAAGAACAUCUUGGCCCCGCGUGCUGCUGAUCCUUACGGAAAAUGGCAAAGUUGUCAACUUGACAUCAAGAAUUGCCAUCCAAGCCAGCUCAAAGUUAUGCAAGAUUUCAGGUUAGAGUUCUUAAGCGCAGUGAUAGGUUUAGGAAGAUCCUCAUCAAGAGGGAUGUUCAUAGAUUCUUGCUACACACACUGCCAAACAGAGACACAAACUUCAUGGUUCUGGCAAGAUUCUCCAAUUCUAAACCGAACGACAAUAGCAAAAGCUGUUGGAGAUUGGGUUUACGACAGAACAUUGUUUCAGAAGAUAGACUGUCCUUACCCUUGUAACCCUACUUGCCACCACAGGGUUUUCACUCCUCUAGAUGCUCCUCCAAUUUAAAAGAGCUUCUACCAUUAAAAAAUAUAUAUACAUAUAGAUUUAUUACUAUUCUUGGAAAGAAAAAUUGCUUAUAUAAACGAUUCAUUUGGUAGAUACUUUAGUGAAAUAUUCAUAUAGGGGUUUAGCUAUAGAAAAAGAAAAAGAGUGAUUAAUUCUUGAAUGUUGAGAACAAGUAAAAGGAGUCAAUUUCUUCAGCACUUGUCUUGUGUGCUGUUCAAGUUGCUCUGUUUUUCUCUUCCGUUCUUACGUAUAAUGCGAAAUUGUUACUUUUAUUCAAAUUUAAUAAAGUAUAUUGUUACUUUUA